UUCUGAUUAUUCUCUCUUUCUAUAUUGUUUCCGCGAACUCGAUCGGCAUCGGCACCAACCAAACCCACCCGAGGGUGAAAAAACGCAAUUCCCUCCGAUUUUGUUUCCAUUUUCUCUUCAAAUCAGAACUCAUUCUCUCUCUCUCUCUCUCUCUCUCUCUCACGAUUCCGAUUUUAUUCCAAAGACUCAUUCUCUCCUUUUUUUUCCUUUUCGUCGGAGAAAAUUAGGGUUUCUUUUCAUCCUCUGGUAAUUCAUCUUCAUUCGUUUCUUCUUUUUGUUUUACCGAACGCUAUUAUUCUUUUAUUCUGAUCCCUUUCCAUCUUCUCUCUUGUUAUCACGUUUUUUUUUUUUUCUUUUUUAUUAUCCCUUUGAAUCCUCAGGUCUGUCUGGUUGACAAGAAAAAACCAAAAAAAAAAAAGGAAAAAAGAAACACAAACAAAAAAAGAGUAGAAAUUUCGUUUUAUUUUCUUUCAUUCUGAGGAUAAAUUUGAUUCUAUUUUUCGUCCUCUGAUUCCAUUCUAGCUGUUUUUUUUUGUUAAAAUUAUUAUUAUUGGUUCUUCGCAAGAGACUCUGUGAAGUUUUUGGUGCGUUGUUUUAGUUUGCCAUCCGAAAUCGAGGGUUUUCUUGUUUGAUCUCUUCCACGCCUUUUUUUUCUUCUUUUCUUCCGUUUCAUAUUUUUUUUCUCCUCCUAAGAACCGAAAAACCAAAAAAGUUGUAGUUUUGAAAAGAAACCCCAAAGGAAAUUAGGGUUUGUUUGAUUGAUUGAGUUGGGGGUGUUUGUAUAUAGAUUGACUACAUUAGAUGGCGUUGAAUUUCUCGCAUCGACCGAUUUUUGGAGGGGGUCUGUCUGAGGAAAAUUUGGUUUCGCCGAUUAGGAUGAGGAAUGGGUACCGGGUGGAGGGUAUUCAAGAGAAGGGUGGCGUUGAUGGGUUUGGUAAGGGAUGGCAUGAUGUUGAGAAUUGCUUUGAUUAUGGAGGAGAUAGAUGUGAUAGUGCUGCCACCCAGGAUUCUGUCUCCAAGGACAUUCUUGAUCUUUUGCCUUCGGAUCCCUUUGGCAUGGAUAUCAGCACUACCUUUACGGCCAUCACCGGAUGGCUUGAGGAUUUGGAGGUUGAUUAUGGUGGAUACAGAAGCGAUGAGCUAGGGGCGAAUGGUGAGAAUUACCAGCUGUUUGCUGGGUUGAAUUUUAUUUGGAAUAAUGCUAUGAGGUUCCACACCUUCCCUGGGAGCAAGGGAAACGUGUGUGGUGAGGAGAAGAAGUUGCAUUGGACGAGCGAAUUUGGUGGAUUUGGUGAGUGUUCUCAGAAAGAAGUUGGAGCUGCAUCCUGUAAUUUUAAUUUUGGAUCCUGUAAUUCUGGUUUUGGUUCUGCUUGUAAUGUGGAUGAUGUGUUGGAUUACAACCUCCACUAUAAAGAUGUGGCAAUUGCUAGCGUGUCAGGUGACACGAACAUGGAUGAUUUGAAUCCCCUUGGAGGAGAUGAACUUGCUCCUCAUCCUGCUUUAAGUUUUUCUCUUAGUUAUCUGGGCUUGUCUGAUCUUCUUGUUGUUGAAAGAGUAUGCAAAUCUCUGCAUUCUACUGUUCGAGGUGAUCCACUUUUGUGGAGAAGUAUCCACAUUGACCAGCCUUUAAAUGAGAAGAUUACUGAUGACGCGCUAUUGCAACUAACCAAUAGAGCUCAAGGUAAUCUUCAGUGUUUGAGCCUGGUGGAGUGUACUAGGAUAACCGAUGAUGGUCUGAAGCGUGUUCUUGAAGUCAAUCCCAAGUUAAUCAAGUUGAGUGUUCCUGGAUGUACAAGACUAAGUAUUGAAGGUAUUGUGGGUAUUUUAAAAGCUUACAACUCUAUGGGUAGCCAAGGGGUAAAGCAUUUGCACAUUGGUGGCCUUUACGGUGUUACACAAAAGCAUUAUGAAGAACUGAAGCUCUUGUUGGGUCCUGAUAGCCAGCUGCUGCAGCAUUCUCCCAAACCACACUUCUAUUGCAGGGGAAACUUAUAUCUGUCCCUUGAUGAUGAUCGAGCCAUAGAUAUUGAAGUAUGUCCAAGAUGCCAGAAUUUAAGGCUUGUAUAUGAUUGUCCAGCAGAGGGUUGUCAAGGGGUGGGGCACCCUGCUCAGGUGUGCAGGGCAUGCACUCUUUGCAUUCCCCGGUGUAGUCAGUGUGGACACUGCAUCAAUGACAGUGAAUAUGAGGAAACAUUCUGCCUGGAAUUGCUUUGCUCAUCUUGUUCUAAGCAGCUAGUCAAAUGUUUGGAAAGGACGGAUAGAAAGGUUGGGCCAGCCAAGUCAGUUGUUCUCCAUGAAGAGAGUUAGACGGGCUUUGUUUUCAUAGUAUCUUAUGGAAGUUCUUAUGAUGAAUAAAGUCCCCUAUGGAGUCAUAUGAACUGUUGGGUGCUGUCUGUGUAUUUGGUCUCGGAAAUGGGGUGCAUUCAAUGUGGAUUUUCUUGUUAAAGAUAAAGUGGAAAAUGACUUCAUUUUUGUGUUUCUGCAACUACUGGAGUAACGUGCUGGAACCAAUUGCCAUGGUUAUCGAUCAUAUCGAUCACCUAUUGCAUUGUUGCAAUGGGUUUACAUUUACGUGGCACUCUCUGAUUAUGAGGGCUGCAGUUGGAGCGCUAUGCUUUGCAGUGCGACCUUUCUUGUUUGGGUCACAUUCUGAUAAUAUUUGUGAUAGCUCUGAUGCAAGACCAGUUUGAAUUAUCUGAUCUUUAGACUUGCGGUUACUUUUUCAUUAGCUGUAUUGAUAAUUCACACUUGACAUGAUGUGGUGUAUGUACCCUGUUUAUUCUUCUUUGCCAUCCUUGGACAAGAGAUAAUAAAUAAAGGGGUAUUUCGAUGUCUUUUUUUGGUAGUUUAAGGGGAAUAGCCCAAUAUUACGAUGUCUUGAAAUCCAUGCUUAUGCUAUUUUUAGUUUGUGUGAGGUGAAAUUCAUUGAUGGUGGACGGU